AUUUAUUGUUAUUAAACAUGGAUAUAUAAAUGAAUUUAAUUAAUUUUUUUUGGUCACAUUAUGAGGAUAGGAAAAUAAUAUUUGAAAAUAAGAAGGUGAUAACCACACCUUUCGACACACCUCGCACGCGAUCAUAAUCCUAAAAUAGUCACGUGAUUUCAAAUUGAUUUGGCAUUUCUUUAGACUGGGGAAAGAAAAUCUCUUAAACUCAUAUGACAGUCAUUAAAAUGUGUUAACAAAGUGUUGUUCGUAUCUUCAAUUUUCACAGAUGGAAAAUUAAUUUAAAUAAUUUUCAAAAUUACCUUUUAAUUUCAAUAUUAAAAAGAAACAAAAAUAAAGAAAGUUGUGACGGUAUUUAAAAAAGAAACUGGAAUUUAAGUGCUCUAAAAAAUAAAAAAAUAAAAAAAAAAAUGUUGACAAACGGAUCAUGUCCUAGGGUUGUUCCUCGCAGCUACGUAGGAUGGUGUAGGAUAGCUGAAAUCAAUCAAAAAUUCCUUCCAACUUUCACCUCCCAUUUUGGAUUGUUUGUUAACGUGAGUGAUUCGCAAGAUUCUGUGAGAUGCUGAUUAUUUGGGAGGAUGUUUGGAAUAUUUCACCAAAUUUAAUUUCAAUCCAAGUAAUAAAAGAUCCCGGCUCAACAGAUGCAACCCUCAUCAAAAGGGAACCCACGUGUUCCAUUAAAUCAAAUAACAACAACGCCGUAUACACCUUCGGAUUUAUCAACAAUUCCUCAUAUGGAUGGUUCUCCAUCGUCAAGUCCUCGUAACAAUUUAAAUAAUUCAAAUCCAGGACCAUAUAUUGUUGGUAGUCCAAUUGAUUUAAGUGUAAUUGAUAAUGUCGAUAAUGUACAAAUUCGUCUCGAUUCAAAAAGAGAGAAUAUAGAACUUGAGGAGGGCACACAGGAUAGAUCGGAAAUAGACAUGCCUCGUCAGGGUGAUCAUGAACUCUCUCAACAUGAAUCGGAAUCACAAGAGGAGAGAAUUGUAUUUGUCAAUGUACUUCAUCAACCGGCAAAAUAUCGUAAUAAUCAUGUGACAACAGCAAAAUAUUCAAUACUAUCAUUUGUGCCAUCAUUUUUAUUUGAACAAUUUCGACGUUACAGUAAUUGUUUCUUUUUAUUUAUUGCAUUAAUGCAACAAAUUCCCGAUGUCUCGCCAACUGGUCGUUAUACCACUUUGGUGCCAUUAAUUUUCAUUCUCAGUGUAUCGGCAAUUAAGGAAAUUGUCGAAGAUAUAAAACGACAUCGCGCUGACGAUGAAAUAAAUAUGCGUGAAGUUGAAGUAUUACGCGAUGGUAAAUGGCAAUUGGUACAAUGGCGAAAUGUUGCCGUUGGUGAUGUUGUUAAAGUACAUAAUAAUACAUUUUUCCCAGCUGAUUUAAUAUUAUUAUCAUCAUCCGAACCACAGGGUAUAAGUUUCAUUGAAACGGCAAAUUUAGAUGGUGAAACAAAUUUAAAAAUCCGCCAAGCACACACCGAUACAAGUAUUUUAUUGGACACUGUUGAAUUAAUGAAUUUUCGCGCCAAUAUACAAUGUGAAGCGCCAAAUCGUCAUCUUUAUGAAUUUAAUGGGGUUUUAAGAGAGACAAAUAAACAAAGUAUUCCCCUAGGUCCCGAUCAAUUAUUAUUACGUGGUGCAAUGUUAAGAAAUACAAAAUGGGCAUUUGGUGUUGUUAUUUAUACAGGACAUGAUACAAAAUUAAUGCAAAAUAAUACAACAACAGCGCCAUUAAAACGUUCAACAUUGGAUCGUAUGACAAAUACACAAAUAUUAAUGUUAUUCUUUAUUUUAUUAUUUCUAUGUUUAAUAUCGGCUGUAUUUAAUUUUCUUUGGAUGAACGCAAAUGAAAAUGGCCUUUGGUAUUUGGGUUCAAAGGAGGAUAUUUCACGUAAUUUUGCCAUUAAUUUAUUAACAUUUAUUAUAUUAUUUAAUAAUUUAAUUCCAAUAUCAUUGCAAGUAACACUUGAAGUUGUACGUUUUGUACAGGCAACAUUUAUAAAUAUGGAUAUUGAAAUGUAUCACGCUGAAUCUGAUACGCCGGCAAUGGCAAGAACAAGUAAUUUAAAUGAAGAAUUAGGAAUGGUUAGCUAUAUAUUCACUGAUAAAACGGGAACAUUAACGAAAAAUGUUAUGGAAUUUAAAAGAUGUACAGUGUCGGGUAAAAUUUAUGAUUUACCAAUAAUUAACGAUGAUAAUGAAACUAGAGAAUCUUUAAAUGGAAUAUCACCACGUCCUGAUAGUGGUUCAUCAAAUAGAAUGAUCGAUUUAACUAAAACAACAACAAUUGUUGAACCGGCAAUAAAUGGAACAACAAGUAAAACGCGUGAUUCAUUUGAUUGUCAAUUGGUGAGAGAUAUUGUUCAGGGGAAAAAAUCAACGGAUCGUAGUCGUACAAAACAUGCGGCUAUUUUAAAUGAAUUUAUGAUAAUGUUAUCGGCAUGUCAUACAGUGAUACCAGAGAAAAUUGAUAAUACAAUUGUUUAUCAUGCGGCAUCGCCUGAUGAACGUGCACUUGUUGAUGGUGCAAGUAAAUUUGGUUAUAUUUUUGAUACAAGAACACCAACAUAUGUGGAAAUAAUUGCACUUGGCGAAAGAUUAAGAUAUGAGGUAUUGAAUGUCAUUGAAUUUACAUCGGCAAGAAAGAGAAUGUCAAUUAUUUUACGAACGCCUGAGGGGAAAAUUAAAAUUUAUUGUAAAGGCGCCGAUUCGGUGAUUUAUGAAAGAUUAGCGACAACGCCAACGGGUGAAAGUGAAAUUGAACCUGAGGGUUUUGAUGAUUUUCGUGAUGUUACAUUGGAGCAUUUGGAAAUUUUUGCUUCGGAGGGUUUGAGAACACUUUGUUUUGCCGUUGCCGACGUUCCUGAGAAUAGAUAUCAAUCGUGGCGUGAACUUUAUCAUAAAGCAUUAAUAAGUACAAAUAAUCGUGAUGCAAAAAUUGAAGACGCUGCAAAUAUAAUUGAAAAUAAAUUAACAUUAUUGGGUGCAACGGCAAUUGAAGAUCAAUUACAAGAUCAAGUACCAGAGACAAUACAAGCAUUAAUACAAGCCGAUAUUAAAGUAUGGGUAUUAACUGGCGAUAAACAAGAGACGGCAAUAAAUAUUGGCUAUUCAUGUAAAUUAAUAACAAAUACAAUGUUAUUAAUAAUUGUCAAUGAAUCAUCAUUGGAUAAAACACGUGAAGUUAUUGUACAACAUUGUCAUGAUUUUGGACAGGAUUUAAAAUGUCAAAAUAAUGAUGUUGGUUUAGUUAUUGAUGGACAUAGUUUACAACAUGCAUUAUCGUGUGAUUUGAGACGUGAUUUUCUUGAUUUAUGUACAUCGUGUAAAGUUGUUAUUUGUUGUCGUGUAUCGCCAAUGCAAAAAGCAGAAGUUGUUGAUUUAGUGACAACAAGUACGCGCGCAGUGACAUUGGCAAUUGGUGAUGGUGCAAAUGAUGUGGCAAUGAUACAAAAAGCACAUAUUGGUGUUGGAAUAUCGGGUGUUGAAGGAUUACAAGCGGCAUGUGCAUCUGAUUAUUCGAUAGCACAAUUUCGUUUUCUUAAACGUUUAUUAUUUGUUCAUGGCUCAUGGAACUAUAGUCGAAUGUGUAAAUUAAUUUUAUAUUCAUUUUAUAAGAAUAUUUGUCUUUAUGUCAUUGAAUUGUGGUUUGCAAUUUAUUCCGGUUGGUCGGGACAAAUUUUAUUUGAAAGAUGGUCAAUUGGAUUGUAUAACGUUGUAUUCACAGCGGCACCACCAUUGGCAAUGGGAUUAUUUGAUAAAGUUUGUUCGGCUGAAACACAUCUUGCACAUCCACGUUUAUAUGCGACAAAAAAUGAUAAUGAACAUGCAUUUAAUAUUAAAGUAUUUUGGAUAUGGAUUUUUAAUGCAUUGGUACAUUCAUCAUUACUUUAUUGGUUGGCAUUAUUUGCAUUACAACAGGAUGUUAUUUGGAAAAAUGGACGCGAUGGUGGUUAUUUAGUAUUGGGAAAUAUUGUUUAUACAUAUGUUGUUGUGACUGUUUGUUGUAAAGCGGGUUUAAUAACAAAUUCAUGGACAUGGGUGACACAUCUUGCCACAUGGGGAUCAAUUAUAUUAUGGUUUUUAUUUGUAUUAAUUUAUAGUAAUUUUUGGCCAACAUUUAAUGUUGGCGCAGUAAUGUUGGGCAAUGAUCGAAUGUUAUUUACGUCACCUGUUUUUUGGUUGGGUUUAAUAUUAAUACCGGCGGCUGUAUUAAUGUUGGAUGUUAUUGUUAAAGCAGUGAAGAAUACAGUUUGGAAAUCAUUGACAGAAGCGGCACGUGAACAGGAAAUUAAUAAAUCGGAUUUAAGGGAUGUUUUUCAAAAUCAAGAUUAUCGAAGUUCACUCACUGAGACUGCGAGGUUAUUAAAAAAUGUUAAAAGUGUUUUUACAAGAAGGCCUAAUGCUGCUUCGACUGCUAAUAUUGAGGUUGAAUUGUCACAUGGAUUUGCUUUCUCGCAGGAGGAAGGUGGCACUGUCACACAGACGGAUGUCAUCAGGGCUUAUGAUACUAAUCUUCCAAAACCGGGAGGAAUGUAAAACAAAUUUUUUUUUUCAAAAUUCCUAUUUUUAAGAUUUGACAAAUUUUUUUGCUGAAAAAAAAAAAAAUUUCAAAUAAAAUUCUAGUUAGAAUAAUUAAAAAUUGAACAAACAGAAAAACAUUUAUAAUUCAUUUUGUCAAAAAACAACGAUUUUUUUUUAAUUCUUAAAUUUAUUUUAAAAAAUAAUAAAUAAAAUUUAAAAUAUAAUAUCAAUUUUUAUAAAAAUAUAAAACGAACAUUUAAAUACGUUUUUUUAAUUAUUAAAUUUAUUUUAAAAAAUGAUAAUUUUUAA